GGCCCCUUUCUAUCACUUCCGCGCCUGGCAUCUUGAGUGUGCGCUAUCUUUAAACUCUAUCCUCUCUCUUGCAACCCAAGUUUUUCCCGCCUUUUUUUUCGCCCUGAUGAAGAGGCUGCAACUCCAACGAUGGAGCAGUUCGGCCCUAUCGUCCCGGGCCAGAAUUGGUAGCCGAUUGCAGCGACAACUCUGCUCGAGCAAGAGGUUCCAGUCAACCGAUGCGACACCUUUGCAGCCUGGGAGUGAUCAAAUAAUUGCAGAGCAAUUCCCGCGUCCUACUCCUACUCGUCGUUUACCAAAAGUCUCAAAAUACAAUCUCCCUUCACCACCAGUCCAGGCCGCACGCGAGUCUGCAAAACUCGCCGCGCUUCAUGCACGACUCUAUCUCCCCUCGCGAUUACCGCUUGAAACAUUAGCACGGUGCUUAGUUGACGCCUCAGCUGACCCAAAUCCCCAAUUCAAUAAUGCGCCAUUUUCCGUACUAGGCCAUGACCUCCUGACCAACUACGCAUCCGAACACCUUAUUUGCACAUAUCCUCGACUGCCUUUGACGGUCAUUUUUGCGGCACUGUAUGCUUAUGUCGGGCCUAAAACACUCACCGCAAUGGCCAGAGAAUGGGGUGUUGAACAUGCUGCUCUUCCUGGCGGCGAGGUAGACCCCGGCCUCCUUCAAUUUAAGAGAGUCGAGCCCGGGACCGAUAUAAAUGCAGAGCCUCUCAAAGGCACUACAAGGCCGAAUGAAGACCAGAAACAUUGGCGGAAAUCGAUUUCCUCUAGCGUCGUGUACGACAACGAGUUCGGGGAUCCAGAUUUAGCAGGCGUACCACCCUCCGAAUCACAGCCCGAAGCUCUACAGGAUGUCAAGCCCGUAACGGUUGAACAAGCUAGUGCGGCUUUUGUGCGGGCUAUAAUGGGCGCGAUCUACCUUCACGCCGGCCGAGCAGCAGCCAAGCGAUUUUUCGAACAGCACAUCCUCUCGCGACACCUUGAUAUCUCUAGCCUGUUCAACUUCUCUUUGCCCACCCGUGAUUUGGCCCAACUCUGUGCGCGUGAAAACUAUGAGCCUCCAGUUGCCAAAAUCAUCAGUGAAACCGGUCGCCGUAGCAGACACCCUGUCUUCGUUGUUGGAAUAUUCUCUGGUCAGGAUAAAUUGGGCGAGGGCGCAGGCGCCAGUCUUCCUGAGGCUCGAUCAAGGGCUGCCGUUGCCGCUCUCAAAGGAUGGUAUCUUUACAGCCCGUUAGAAGUCCGCGUACCCAGUUCUAUGGAGGAGGAAGGCGCUGCUCCUUGGAAGCCAGUUUACGUGGAUCUGGGUGAGGUGGUUGCAUAGAUGCUAAGUGGUGCACUGUUCUCUUCUACACGGUAAAUGUCGACAAGAAGUUGACAAAAACCACCGGUAUAUUAUGUUUUAUCAAUGUUUGUGAAGAUCGGAUCUUGUACAGUAUGGGCAAUUUACUC